AGAGGAAGAGAGAGAGAGGGAGAGAUAGGGGAGGGGGAGUAAGAGAGAGAGGGAAUGCCUGUUAGAUGCGUCUGCCGGUAAUAGCACAUCAGCCACAGCGCUGCUACCAGGGAGAGCUGAACACCGUGUGUCUUGCCCGUGUUUCAAAAAGGACUGAGCGCACUGGAGUGCUGGAGGAAAGCAGGGGCUCUCAAGCAGAAAAGGCAACAAAAAAAAAAGGCAGGGAAGGAAGAGGAGAGUGACUGUGGGUGGAGGAGAGUGAGAGAGAGAGAGCACACGCGCAUCAGAGCUCAUAUGGGAUGCUGAAGGCUACGGCGGUAGAGAGGAGAGAGAGGCACGGCAGAGAGUAGUGGUAAGAGACCAGAAGAGAGAGGGAUAGAGAGAGAGAGAGUCAGCGUCUCUCUUGGUUGUAACGCGUCUCUUCCACAGAAAUUAGUGCUGAGCUCAGCAGAGGGGGGGGGGAGAGUGUGGAAGUGAAGCAGCUGAGCGCUGGAGGUCCUCAGGGGGUCGGAGUCCCUGCUGGAAUAAGUUGGCACUGUGCGGAGCAGCGUGCCACGAGAGAGAGAGAGAGAGAGAAGGAGAGAGAGAGAGGAGCACGCGGUGACAUUACAGGAGAGGCAGAGGGACACGUUUUUAAACUUCCUCCCACAAGGACGUCCCGCGUUGGGAAAAGGCUUCUUAGAGGACCACGCUGUGCGGCUAAUUUAGGACUAUCAGGGCGCGACAAGCCAAGAGCGGAGGACACAUAAGCCUGGCAGAGGUGCCUAUCCAGCUCAGACCUUCUCACUUCACCCCCCUGGAGAUUCACUUAUCCGGGCUUUGAAUCGACUCAACUUAGCCCUCAGCACUGGAACUCGGAGUGGAUUUUCUUUUGCUUUUUCAUUGCUCUGUUUCGCCACUCCCCCUCCCCCUAAUCCAAACUGAAAUAUAUCCAUUUUGUUGAGUUGCAUUUUUUGGACUUUCCUUAGAAGACGAGACCCUUUGCAGGCGGCAGGGCUGCACUGUGCGUGCCGUCCUCUCUUGAGACUAUGGUAGACAGUGUGUCAGGCAGCCUUCUAUCCAGCGCCACAGCCCCAGAGCAUGGAGAAGUCCAGCAGUGACGAGUCAGCCAUCCACCGCAGCCCGUCCCUGGACAGCCACGAGUCCGACUUUGCUCGAGCCUCCAGCUCCGGCUGCCCGUUCGGAGGCCGAGGCUUCACGGCCGGUGCCUUCUACGGCUCCACGCGGAAGCACAACAACAACACAUCGGCCGGCGCUCAGCAAGGCGCCGCGUCCGGAGGCGCCGCCGCCAACGCCGCCACCGACGCCAGCGCCGGCGGUCCGGCGGGAGCGGACAAGAGCGGGAAGAAGUGCGGAUCGCCCAAGGGCAGCAAAUACGUGGUGUUUUACCUGGAUCUAUCCUUUGUGUUUCUUCUAGAGUUCAAGAAGUGCAACAUGGCACGCGGCUGCCUUUGCUGUCUCAAGUAUUUGAUGUUCCUCUUCAACCUCAUCUUCUGGCUAUGCGGCUGUGGGCUCCUGGGAGUGGGCAUCUGGCUCUCGGUGUCUCAGGGCAGCUUCGCCACCUUCUCGCCUUCCUUCCCGCUCUCCGCUGCCAACAUGGUCAUCGCCAUCGGCGACGUCAUGGUAACGGGCUUCCUCGGUUGCCUGGGAUCCAUCAAGGAGAACAAGUGCCUGCUUCUGAGCUUCUUCAUUGUCCUGUUGAUAAUUCUCCUGGCGGAACUCAUUCUGCUCAUCCUGUUCUUUGUGUACUCCGACAAGGUGCGAGAGAACGCCAAGCAGGAUCUAAAGGACGGACUGGCGCUCUACAACACAGACAACAACGUGGGAUUACGCAACGCCUGGAACAUCAUUCAAGCGGAGUGGAAGUGCUGCGGUGUGACUGCCUACAGCGACUGGCACGACGCGCUGAAGGACAAGUUUGUGCCGGACCGCUGCUGCCAGGAGCACUACCAGGAGUGUGGUCGCAACUCCACCAACAUGUUCUGGAGCAGGGGCUGCUUUGAGAAGGUGGAGGAGUGGCUGGACGACAACAAGCACCUCAUGGGAACCGUCGCCAUGGUGAUCUUGGUAGUGCAGGUAAAGAACUUCUUGGCCUUGGCGUUCUCCAUGACGCUCUUCCACCACAUCUACAGAACGGGGAAGAAGUACGACGCAUAGCCUUUGGAAGGAGCCCGGUGGAGAGCGGUCUCACGCCUCAUCACUGCCUGAGGGUACAGACUCUGGAUAGGCCACCCCUGCCCGCCAUUGCUUUGUAUCCAGUCCCAUCAACCCUCUCCUGGAAAAUGUCUGCUCAGAUUCAAGCCGGUCC